UCAUGAUCGGCGAGUAUUAACUUUGAGUAGGCAUGCAGUUCCAAGCGAAUAUUUUGCAAAUAUUUUUGCUCGUGCUUGGAUUUCAAAUUUUUGAUAUAUCGGCCGCUUCAAAAAUAACUCCAAAACACCUACACAAAAUUCUGGACUCUUCCUGUAAAGACAUCUCGCCUCCCCAUAUCAAAAAUGCAGAGCUCGUGAAAUUAAAGACUGAAAAACUUCACGACGGGCGGCAUAAACAAACUGAAUAUUUGGUAGCUGAGUAUAGAUGUACAGAUGGAUACGGAUUCAAAGUUGGUGUUGCUAACCAUUUGUUUUGUAGCAAGAAGCGAUGGAUUGGGAAGACAAAUUUAUGUAAGAAGAAAAAUAAAGAAAACAUGAAACGAGCAGUGGUUGGCAAUAUUGAUCCUGGUUUUCCAAUAUAUUUUGGUGAGUGUUCCAUAGAAGACAAAAAAAAAUGUUCACAACUUUGUUAUUUGUUAAACGGAGAAGCUACAUGUGGUUGUCCUCAAGGAUUUAGAAAAAAAGGAAAUAUUUGUGAAGAUAUCAAUGAAUGUGACAUUCAAAACGGAGGAUGCCAACACUUCUGUGUGAACAACAUAGGCUCUUUUUCCUGUGAUUGUCCAAAGGGUUAUCAAAUAUCCUACGACGGCACUUCUUGCGAAGACAUAAAUGAAUGUCACGUUAGAAAUGGCCACGGGCCAUGCCAAGAUACCUGUCACAAUCUUCCGGGUUCGUACAGAUGUUCUUGUUCGAACUUGACGGGAACUCGACUAGCUGACGAUCUUCACACCUGCGCAGAUAUCAACCAGUGCACUGGGAAUCUUUCGGGAUGUUCACACGGAUGUAUUAAUAGUCACGGGAGAGCUUAUUGUACUUGUCCUCAGGGUAUGGAUCUAGGAGAUGAUUGGAAAACCUGCAAAGAUAUCAAUGAAUGCGAAGCUCCAUCAAUAAAAUCGACAUGUCCUCACGGCUGUACGAAUUUCAUUGGUUCCUACUACUGCCCAAAACAUGACGAGAUACUUUUAUCUGACGCACCCGUGUCAGACGACGAUGAGUAUGAUAGUGAAGACUAUGAAACCGAUCAAUAUGAUGACGACGAAUACGAUGAAGAAGAAUACGACGAUGAUAACGAUGAGCAAGAAAAAGAAUCAUCAACGAAAAGUAUUAAUAGCAAAGAUAAAGUUCAAGAAAACAAUAAGAAAAUAGAUAAAAAAAUUGAUAAAAUAUAUGACGAUGAGUAUGAUGAGGGCAACGAUGAUGAUUAUAAAGAAAACACAACAAAUAAUACCAAAAAUAUUAAUGAAAGUGACAAAAAUAAAAUUGAUAUAGAUAACGCAAUAGAUAAACAAGAUAUUUUUAAUAAACGCAAAGAAACAGAAACUGUAAAAACCUCAACUGUGAUUAAGGAAAUGGAAAAACCAGUUAUCACAAACAAAAAUGAUAUCUACACGGAUUAUGAAGACGAAUAUGAUGACGAGUACGAUGAUGACGAAGAAACCACCAUAGCUACUGAUAUUAAAAUGACUAAUACCUCUAACAAAGACAAAACCAACGAUUUUAAACCUUCUAUUAUAAGUAACGAAGUAAAUAAAAACGAAAAUACAAGUAAUAAUGUUGGAAAACCAACUACUGAAACGUAUUCUACAACUACGAGCAAAAUUGCUAUUGAAUAUGAAGAUGAAUAUGAUGAAGAUUACGAUGAUAUAACAACCACUAUACGAAUUGGUAGUACUUCUAAUAUACCUGCCAUUCACAGUAUAAAGGAAAACGGUAUCCAAAACCGUAAUGAUGUUGACAUUAAAGAAAGUGAAAACCAUAAUCUAUCCAUUAUUUCUACAAGUACUAUUAAAGAAAUAAAUGAGGUAACAGAUAAAUCAGUUUCUUUUAUAACAACUGAGAAGGAAAUUGAUGACGAAUAUGAUGACGACUCUGACGAUUACGAUGAAUAUAGUGAAGAGACAACUGUAUUACACAUUGACAAAAAAGUAAAAACAAACGAUAAAGAAUAUGAUUCUAGUAUCAGUAAACCAUCUACUGAUAUGGAUAGUGAAUAUACCACAACUCAAAAACAAGAAAUAAGUACAGUCACAAAUCGCAGUCCUAAAAGAAUUGAACCUGAUGAUUCCGUAAUUAGUACAACCCUAAAAAUUAUCACAGCUUCAAGCUCAAACGCAUCAGUUUCUACUGAACAUCCUUCGGUCAAUAUUAUUAACAAAGACCACCAACUUCAACACGAGAAUGACAAUAAAAUCAAUUUAGAUAUAUCAAACAAUUUAUCACCUUUGGGCACAAACAUUGCAAAUAAAAAUACUAUCCUUACAGGUGAUAACUACGAAGAUAGUUAUGAUGAGGAAGAGGAAGAUUAUCAUGAGAAUACAAGUACUGUUAACAAUAGACCACAUAGUAGUAUAGAACCUCAGAUCACUACAGUGAGAACCGAAAGUACAAAUAAAAAUAUAAAUAAAAUAGUCAAAUCAGAAGAUACAACAAGAAAUAAUAAAUUUAACGAAGUAACCGAUUUAAGUAAUGAAGAUAUUGACAGGAACGAUAAAGGUGAUGUAAUUUUUAUUACUACCACUAGAAAAUUAUCAGAACUUGACAAAAUUGAUAUAACUACAACUGAAAGGAUUUCUGAUAAGACAAAUAUAGAUCGCAUAAAUAAUUCGAACAAAACAAAACACGAUGACGAAUACGAUGAUUAUGAUGAAUUUGAUUCUAAAAAAGAAGGUAGUACAAUUGCCAAUAGCAUGGUAAACAAAUGCGAGGAAGGUUAUUCUAUGAAUGAACGACGAGAAUGUACAGAUAUUGAUGAAUGCAGCCCUUCUACCAAUCCAUGCUCUGACAUAUGUGAAAAUACCGCCGGCAGUUAUAUUUGCAGUUGUCCUGUAGGUUUUAAGCUGAAUUCUGCGGAUCCUCACACUUGUCAAGAUAUAGACGAAUGCCAGCAAUCUCCUUGUUCGCAUAUUUGCAAAAAUACUCCAGGAUCUUAUUCUUGCGAAUGCCCCAAAACGCUAACUCUUCAAAACAAUACAUGUGUAAAUUUGACAUGUUCCCAUGGAGAAACAAGGAUCAAUGGAAAAGUGCAAUGUACUUGUCCAUUAGGAUUUGUUUUAGGUUCCGACAAUCGAACCUGUGAAGACGUCGAUGAAUGCGUUCUUCUUCAAGAUUGCUCUCAGAUCUGCACCAAUGUGAUAGGUUCCUAUGAAUGCAGCUGUGAAAAGGGAUAUACGCUAGAGAGGGAAAAAUAUUGCAUAGACAUAGACGAAUGCAAAGGAAAUCACGGCUGUCAUCAAAUUUGUGAAAAUAUUCCUGGAAGUUUUAAGUGCAGUUGCGAAGACGGCUUUGAGUUUAUGAAUGGAACGCUGACCUGUGUAGAUGUAGACGAAUGUGCAGAAGGAAAAGAUCUGGACGAAUGUAGUCAGAUAUGUAUUAAUUAUUUAGGUGGUUAUGAAUGUUCCUGUCACACAGGAUACAAGUUGGCUUCAGAUGAUGCUAGCUGUCAAGAUAUAGACGAGUGCACCAACGAUAACGGUAACUGUACACACAUUUGCGAGAAUAUUGAAGGAUCCUACUUUUGCAAAUGUGAAGAAAACUAUAUGCUAGAAAGUGAUAAUCGCACUUGCAAAAUUAUAGAUCCGUGCUUAGAGGAUAAUGGAGGAUGUUCACAUGAAUGUGUUAACAAAAACGGCGUUGCUGUUUGCAAAUGUCCUAAAGGGCAUACGUUAGAGGACCGGGAUUGUUAUCUUUUGGAUCCGUGCUUGACUAAUAACGGAGGUUGCAGUCACAUCUGCGUUAAUGCUAAUUCCGUCGUGAGAUGUGAAUGUCCCAAAGAAUAUGAACUGGUAAAUAGUACAACAUGUAUGAAAAUUAAUCUUUGUUCCAUAAAUAACGGUAAUUGUUCGCAUUUUUGUGAAUUCAUCGACGACAAAGUUAACUGUAUGUGUCCAGAAUUGUAUUCUCUGGAAAAUGGAACUCAAUGUAUUGAAAUUAAUCCUUGUUUGGAAAAUAAUGGUGGUUGUUCUCAUACUUGCAUCUUUAAAAAUCACAAACAAUCAUGUUCCUGUCCCCACACACACGAAUUACAUAAUACAACACACUGUUUCGAGAAAAAUCCUUGUUUAGAAGAUAAUGGAGGGUGUUCUGAUACAUGUAUAUUCGAAAACAGUGUAUUGACAUGCAGUUGUCCAAGAAAUUACUAUUUAGAAGGAAAAACCUGUUAUCGAAUUGACAGAUGUCUUAAAGAAAAUGGCGGAUGUAGCCAUAUCUGCUUAACAGAUGAUGAUGGCGAUGUCAGUUGUAUGUGUCCAGAAGGUUUUUUGCUGGGAGAAGAUUUUAGUACUUGUAUACCACAAGACCCUUGCUUGAUAAACAAUGGUAACUGCUCCCAUAUUUGCAACUCUACUCAAAAGGAAAACAUCUGCUCAUGUCCUGAAGGUUACCGAUUAAAGAACGAAACCCACUGCGAGAAAUAUAAUCCUUGUUUAGUAAAUAAUGGCGGCUGCUCUGAUAUUUGCGAAAAUAUUUUUGGUAAAGCUAGAUGUUCGUGUCCUGAUAACUAUGUUCUCGAAGAUGACUAUACUUGCGUCAUAAUUGAUCCUUGCUUCGAAGAAAAUGGAGGCUGUUCUCAUUACUGUAAAAAUAUUGACGGAAAGCCAAAAUGUUCCUGUCCUGACAGACACAACCUCGUAAACAAAACAACAUGUGUCCAAGUGAAUCCAUGUUUUAUUAAUAAUGGCGGCUGUUCCCACGAAUGUGCCACUGAUGAAAACAAUAACGUGAUAUGUCUUUGCCCCCAAGGACAAGAGCUUGCUGGAAAAACCUGCAUGCUCAUUAAUCCUUGCAAUCACAAAAAUGGUGGUUGCUCUCAUAUUUGCAGUAGUAUUGAAGGGGCUGUUAUUUGCAAAUGUCCACCAGGCCAUGAGCUGAUAGACAAAACCUGUUUUAAAGUAAAUCCAUGUUCAAUAAAUAAUGGAGGUUGUUCCCAUGGGUGUAGUAGUUCCAGGGGUCAAGCAAAAUGUACCUGUCCACCAGGAUAUAAACUGUUUGGUAAAACUUGCAUGGAUCAAAAUCCCUGCACCAAAAACAACGGAGGUUGCUCUCACAUCUGUCACAAUAAGGAAGGAAAACGAGAAUGUUCAUGUCCACCAGGAUAUCUUUUAAGACCAAAUAAAAGGGUGUGUAAAGAAAUCAACGAAUGUCGUGUCAAUAGAGGAGGCUGCUCCCACGGUUGCAGAAACCUUCCGGGAUCAUUCCAAUGUACGUGUCCUCAUGGAUUGCAACUGGAAGAUGUUAAAAACAGAACUUGUAUAGACGUAGAUGAAUGUUUGGUUAACAAUGGAGAUUGCGAAAUGAUCUGUAGGAACUUUAAAGGAGGAUUUAAAUGCGACUGUCCCGAGGGCUACUCUCUUCAAAGAGAUAAAAGAUCUUGCAGAAUGGCGAAGGUAGCUCACUGUAGAGUUCCACCAGCUCCAUCGAACGGAGUUAUUCGAUGCUGGGACAAGUCCGAGAUGGGUUCUUUUGUACCUUCAGGAGCAAAAUGUAAUGUGUGGUGCAACGAAGGCUAUAAACUGAUGGGAGAUUCCCAGAUGAUCUGCGGUGAUUCUGGAAGCUGGGGAGAAAACGAACCGCAAUGUUUAGUUGCGACAUGUCCAAAAUUGCCUUCAAUACAAAAUGGUUGGUAUCUUCCUGGUGUCUGCAAUUCAGGAAGAACUUACAUUGGCGAGUCAUGUAGUGUAUAUUGCAGACAAGGUUUUAUGUUGAAAGAAGGUAUUGAAAAAUAUGUUUGUGACCCUAACAUGAACUGGAUACCAACUGUUAGACCAGAUGCUCUGUACAACGCUUGUACAAAAACACCUUCAAACACUUACAUAAAUUGUCCCCAGAAGGGACAGAUCGACUUUAUUUUACCAGAAGGCCAACGCCAGAUGUUUGUUAGAAUUCCCAGACCGGAAGCAAAUGUAGAUUGGAGUUUUGUAACUUCCCAACCAACAUGGGGCAUCAGAUUGGAAACAACCCUACCAGCGGGUAGGACUGAGGUUCGAUUCAUGGCGGCGUCACCUACAGACUUCAACAGCACUGCCUCGUGUCGUUUGGUUAUCAAUGUGUUAGAUAAAGAAGCUCCACGUAUGACGGGAUGUCCAGAAAACAUCGAAAGGCGCCUAGCGACUGGAGAGGGGACUCAGAUAAUCCAUUGGAGAGAGCCACACUUCUUUGACAAUGUUGGUGUAGCUACUGUGUACAAAACUCGAGAGUCUGGCAGUGAAUUUGGAUCAGGCCUUCAUCAUAUUACAUACGUGGCAAGUGAUGAAGCUGGAAACAGAGCUUUUUGUCAUUUUAGUAUUGAUGUUCGAGAUGAUCUGGACAACGUACAAUCAAACUCCAUUGAGCAACUAACCUCAGCCACUUACACAAGUCAUAGAACCGCUGGAAAAUAUAAAGCUGUUUUAAUCUGCCCCAGUGGUGUUCAGUUUAUGUCCGAUAAUCCAGAUCGUUAUAACAACAUGAUAACGAGUGAGGCGGGUUGCUACUGGCGCCACGUAAAGGUAACAAAACCCUUAGAGCCACAAAGCUUUCAAAUACCCAAGGUAUAUUCAGAAAGUCGAUUACCACCACACGCAAGAAGUAAUAGAAGAGUAUUUUUCAAAUGGAGCAGAUGA